UAUGGAUGAUGAAGGAUUUGAAUCAGCUUUUAUUGAAACCUUAAUAACUUAAUAAGAUAAGUAACCUACAUAUAUAUUCGCUUCUCUUCCUACUCCCAAUCCUAUAGUAUACUAAUCAGACUAUAGAGGAGUGACAAAUGACAUUGAAGAUAUUCAAAAAACAUAUAAAUGUGUUUAUAAGAAAUAAUAUGGAUCAAAACUCACUAAUCAACUUUUUAAAUUAUUAAAUCUCAAUGACUUGUAAACACCUACUAUUACUCAAACCCAAAACUAACUACUAUUUGAUUCUAAUUUCAUCAAUGGAAAUUUGGCUGCGGUUUAUCAAGUUGAUUCAUUUGAAUAUGAUUUACUUCUUCAAGAAGAUUUCAAUACCACUAGCUAUUCUUAAUGGUUUUAUUUUCGAAUCACCAACCCCACUGAUAACAAAUAUAGAAUUAACAUCAUUAAUUUGGUAACUUAUUAUAUAUAAACAACAGACAAAGAAUUAUCUUCAGUAUUAGAAUGGUUUUGGAGUAUACAUCAAGAUCAAUUCUAAUUGGGAAGUACUCAAAUCUCAAGUAUUAAUUAAAGAAUCCGAAUAUGUCAAAUCUAAUUUCUGUAAAACAAUUUCUAAUAAAUUAUACACUAUCUCUUUCUGGAUCAAUAAAUCAUUCAAUACAUGUGAAAUCGCUCUUGGAAUUCCUUAUUCUCAUCUUGAUUUAGAUAGAUACUUGCUUAAAUUUCAAACUGAAAUCCUUGCCAAUACCUUUUCAGGAUUACCUGUUAAAAUGUUGUAAUUUGGAUCCAAAAGAAGUGAUGUUAUUUUAGUAAUAGCAAGACAACAUCCUGGAGAGACUGUGUCUUCUCAUGUAUGUUAAGGUUUUCUUGAGGCAUUAUCAAAUGAUAAAACACUACAAUUAUUUUAUAACAUAAUUGUAAUACCUAUGGUUAAUCCUGAUGGAGUUAAAUGGGGUAAUUUUAGAUGUGAUCUAAGUGGAAGAGAUUUGAAUAGACUCUGGUAAAAUCCAAGAUUUAAACUUCAUUAAUAAAUCAUUUAAAUCAAAAAUCUUAUACAAAAAAUCUUAGAUGAGGGAAGAGAUAUUAAAACCUUCAUUGAUUUGCAUGGCCAUUCCAGAAAACUUGGAACUUUUAUGUAUGCUUGUAGAAACUCUGAUGAUCCAAUUGAAUGUAGAAUUCUUCCAAUGAUUAUGGCUGAAAAUUCGAAAUAUUUCGAUUUCAAUUCUUGUACAUUUAAUUUAAAAUCCUAUAAGUUGAAAACUGCAAGAGCAUUUGUUUAUAAUUAAAUGUAGAAGAUUAACCCUAACAGUUUUCAUAAUAUUGUUACUCUUGAAACUUCAUUAUUCGGUUAUAAAUAGGAAAAUAAAUUUAUUUAAUUUUCUUAAAAUGAUUUAACAUAAAUUGGAAAGGAUUUACAUCAAUCAUUAAAAAUCUAUCAUAUGUAAUAAGAAUAAAAAUCUAAAAUAUUCAAAGAUCUUGAAUUAAAUAAGAAGUACUUUUAAUAAUUAGAUGAAAAUUAAGCUUCUGAUGAUAGUGAUUCUGAAGCUGAAAUAGGAAUAAUUCCAGAUGAAGAAAUUAAACCUUAAACUUUUCAUGUAUAAAAAUCAGCAAGGUUGUUUUAAGAAACUCCUAAGAUAAGUGCAUUGAAAAAAAGAAAUUUAAAAAAAGCUAUAAAUCCAUUUUUAGUAGGAUAAUGUGAAAAGAAAUAUAAUUUUCAUAAAUUGACUAGAGAAGACAGCAAAUCAUAAAAAGCUAUAAAUUAAACUCUAUCAAUUCAAUAAACCUAAUCUCCUAGUUUUAAAAAUUUGAAUAAAAUCAACAGAAAUCUAUCAUCACACAAUAAAGAUCAUAAUCAUAUGCAUUCUAGUAAUGGAGAUAAUUAUGACAAUAUUCAAUCAUGUAGAGUUUUAAGAUAGAGUACAAUAAGAACACCUAAAGAUUUUAAAUUGAAAUCAGAAUAAAGGGUUUAAUUCCAUAGUCCUAAUGAUAAACUCAUAAUUUUUGAAAAACAUUUGAAAAUAAAAAGAAAGAAUACCUAAACUAUAAAAUUAUUUUGA